UUCAGCUUAAGAAAUUCAGCCUGAGGUUGUGUGUCUGGGGGCCCUUAGGAACAGGUCACUAAAGUUGAGCGUCCUGCUGCCUCUGGGCAGAGGCCUCGGUGACCCCAACUUGCCCAGCGAGAAACGAAGGGUGUCCAGCCCCAGUGAAGAGAGCAGUCUGGGAAAGACGCGUGGCAGCUCAGACUGCCCUGCGGACCCCCAGCUGCAGCCCCAGAGACUCGGUCGCUGCGGCUGGGGACUGGGCUGAGCCGGGGGCCCCGAGACCCUUGCUCACCUGGGAGGCCUUCCUGUGCAGUGUCAGAGCCCUGUGCCCCUUGCUGGCUCUGCAAAGCUGCUGUACCGCAGAGGUUCCUGGAGCCUCCGAGGUCUAAGGCCAGCUGAACGCCCUCGGCUCCCUGGGUGAAGACGUGGCCAGAACGUGCAGACUCCAGCUCGCGUGCUGGUAAGUGGCCCGGAGAGGGCCCCACUGUGAAGAGCGGAGUCUCUCGGGCGGCCUCUCCCCCACGCCCCUGGGCCAGCACAGCCUCAGGCUGCUGCCCGGACCCGAGGAAGCAGAUGCUGGGGAGCCUCCCCCCUUCUUGGAGGGACACGUGUAACUGUGAACACACACCAGACGCAGGAAGUCCAUCUCGGGACGAGGGACGGUGCGCAGCUCCUUAGCGCUGGUUCCAAGGGACAAACGGGCAUCGUCCAGCCGUGGGACGGUAGCCCCCGGACCCGGUGUGGACCCUUCCCCUGGGCCCCGGGCCCUCCGCCCACCGCAGCUCUGGGCACCGUGGGAGUGGCUUGGGUAGUCCCCACAGCCUGCCCCCCCUCCCCGCACCCCCCUGCCGCCUCCCAUCUGCCCUGUGUGCCGCUUAUCGGUAACCGGAGCUGGGAGCUGCGUCCACGCCUGAAACAGGAAGCCGCGGCCUGUGCGCGAGCCGCCGAGAGCCACCGGGUGGCCGGGCCGGAGGAUGGAGGGGCAGCGGGCGCUCGCGGCCGCCAAGGACGGGGACCUGGCCACCCUGAAGCGGCUGCUGGAGGCCGGUGCCCUGGGCCCGGGCAUCGUGGACGCCCUGGGGGCCGGCUUGGUGCACCACGCCGCCCGGGCCGGCCGCCUGGCCUGCGUCAAGUUCCUGGUGCGGCAGGCCGAGCUGCCCGGCAGCCAGCGGGCCCACAACGGGGCCACGCCGGUGCACGAUGCUGCGGCCACGGGCAGCCUGGCCGAGCUGCGCUGGCUGGUGCGCGACGGAGGCUGCGGCCUGCAGGACCAAGACGACUCGGGGGUGUCCCCGCUGCACCUGGCCGCCCGCUUCGCACACCCCGUGCUGGUGCAGUGGCUGCUCCGAGAGGGCCACGCGGCCACGCUGGAGACUCUGGAGGGGGCCUUGCCGCUGCACCACGCGGCCGUCAGUGGGGACCUGACCUGCCUGAAGCUCCUGGCGGCCGCCCACGGCAGUGGCGUGAACCAGCGGACACGCAGUGGUGCCUCCCCGCUCUACCUGGCCUGCCAGGAGGGCCACCUGCACCUGGCCCAGUUCCUGGUGAAGGACUGCGGAGCCGACGUGCACCUGCGUGCCCUCGACGGCAUGAGCGUGCUGCACGCUGCUGCUGCCCGUGGCCACUACUCGCUUGUCGUCUGGCUGGUCACGUUCACCGACAUUGGCCUGGCGGCACGGGAUAACGAGGGGGCCACGGCCCUCCACUUUGCAGCUCGAGGCGGCCACACACCCAUUCUAGACCGGCUCCUGCUGAUGGGUGCCCCCGUCAUGACAGACUCCUGGGGUGGGACCCCUCUCCACGAUGCAGCAGAGAACGGGCAGUUGGAGUGCUGCCAGACGCUGGUCUCCCACCACGUGGACCCCUCCCUGCGGGACAAAGAUGGGUGCACGGCAGCCGACCUGGCCGACUACCACGGACACCGGGACUGCGCCCGCUUCCUGCAGGAGGCCGCCCGGCCGGUGCCACUCCUGAUGACGCCACCGCCACCACCGUUUCCCCCUCCUCCACUGUCAGCUGCCAGGCACGCCCCGGAGGAUGGAAUGAGGGGCUCGGGUUUCAGGAGCCCCACCUGUGAGUACACGUCUCCAGGGGAGACUGGCCUGGACCAUAGGCGCGGGGAGUGGGCGUUGCUGGCCCCGCCUCUGAGGUCCUUUCGGGGGGGGGGGCUGGGAGAGCAGUGGACUCCAGGCAGCCGGGCCCACAAGACCUUCAGGACACAGUUGGGGUCAUCCCUCCCACCACCCAGCCCCCAGCUUCUCCCAAAUUUCCAUCACUGUCUGGGUUGCUUCUUUAAAGGGAGGAUCAACAUUUUCCAUAACGGACACUUACAAUUAACUGGCCCCCUGCGCAGCCCUCCGGGGUCCCUCUUAGAGUCUCCCAGCCCAGCCUGGCCUGACCAGCAUGACCCACUUCUGCCGAGGGAGCAGAUCACCUGCGCAGCACCCCCAAGGGUCACCACCGACGCCACCGCCGUCCCCGCGGGAGAGGAGAUGGCGGCGGGGGACGCCCCAGACUGCCUGGCCGCGCUGCACCUGGACAGGCUGCCCUCGGGCGACCUCGAUUGGCUGGUGCCCACGCAGGACGAGCGCGGCCGACCCAUCCCAGAGUGGAAGCGGCAGGUGAUGGUGCGGAAGCUGCAAGCCCGCCUGGGCGCAGACCCCGAAUCCCAGGCCCAGAGCGACAGCGGGAGCGAGGGCCCCGCGGAGCAGGCGGCCUGGCGGUACUCGCAGACGCACCAGGCCAUCCUGGGCCCCUUUGGGGAGCUGCUGACCGAGGACGACCUGGUCUACCUGGAGAAGCAGAUCGCCGACCUGCAGCUGCGCCGCCGCUGCCAGGAGUACGAGGGCGAGCUGGGCCGCCUGGCGGCCGAGCUGCAGGCCUUGCUGCCCGCGCCCCUGGUCAGCAUCACCGUCCACAGCCGCUUCCUGCCCCGGGCGCCCGGCCCCGAGGGUGAGGAGGCUCCCGCCCCCGCGGCGGAGCCCAAGGGCCCCUCGGGGGCCUCGGAGGCGGAGCGCGGCGAGCAGCCUCUGCCCUUCUGGUGCAGCCACGUCGCCCGGCUGGUGCGCAGCAUGUCCCUGCUGCUGAAGGGCAUGAACGGGCUGGUGCAGGGCGAGGGGAGGCCCCCGCGGGAGACCCACGCGGAGGCCCCCGCCGGCCCCCCGAGAAGCGAGGCGCAGCGCGAGAUCCAGCAGUGCGGCGUGUCCGUGCGAUCACUGCGCGGCAACUUCGAGUCCGCUCCGGGCCCGUCCUGCGCCCCAAACCCGGGCCCCUGGGAGCCGGGGGCCCCGCCCGGGCGGUGCCCGAGAGGCUGCCGGCCCGCAGCCCCGCAGCCCCACAGCAGCCCCGCGGGAGGGGCGCCCGCGCCGGGGGACGCAGAGGAGGCCAGCGACUCGGGCGUCGGCUGCGAGGAGGCCCCGUCGGAGGCGGGGGCCGCGCCCGGCGCCCACCUGGCCAGCCUUCGCAAGGAGCGCAUCGUGAUGCUCUUCCUGAGCCACUGGAAGAAGUCGGCCUACGCGCCGGCCCUCAAGGCCGCGGCCUGCAGGACCCUGGAGGCCCGCCGCGCCGCGCCGCCGCCGGCUCGGGAGGCGGCGGCGGCGGCGGGGGGCCCUGGGCUGCCGCCCCCACCGCCCAGCCGGGGCCCCCGGCUGGGCCACCUGUGGCAGCAGCGCCACGUCAUCGCCCACCUGCUGGGCAACUGGAAGGCCAUCAUGGCACACGUGCCGGCCCGGCAGCUGCGGCGGCUGAGCCGGCGGCCCCGUGGGCCGCUGUCCCCCGAGCAGUUCCUGCCCCACGUGGACGGGGCGCCCGUGCCCUACGGCGGCCUCACGCUGGACCUCUUCAUGCUGGGCUACUUCCGGCUCCUGGAGUGCGAGCUGCCGGCCGAGGAGCGCAAGAUGCGCCACCUGCUGUGUUUCGAGGUCUUCGAGCACCUGGGCGCCCACGGCUGGGACGCGGUGCGCGCCUUCCACAAGGCCGUGACCGACGAGGUGGCCGCCGGCCGCCGCGCCUGGACCGACGGCUUCGAGGACAUCAAAGCCCGCUUCUUCGGCUCCAGCCGAGGUCCCGCCUGGGACGCGGAGCCCGGCCGCAAGUCGGGGCUGACGCCCCUGGGGCCCCUGCCCCCCGCCGCCGCCCCCAGCAGCAGCGCCGAGCCCCCCGCGCAGAGGCCGGGGUCCGGCUGCCAGCGGGGCAGCUUCAACAGCGAGGACAUCUGUGGCUACAUCGACCGCAGUUUCGCCUUCUGGAAGGAGAAAGAAGCCGAGAUGUUCAGCUUUGGAGAGUGAGACCGGCCGGCAGCCUGCCUCUGGGAGUGGGGCGUGGGAAGGGGUUCUGGCUCUCCCUGCUCGUUUCCUUUGCCCCCCACCUGGUGGCCGGGUGGGCCCCGAGGCCGGGCUGGCCGACACUCCACACGACACUCACUCGGUGUGCCGACGGCCACGUCCAGUCCCACCCCUGCCGGGUUCCACCCCCGCUAUGCGAGUCAGUUUCAGUUUCAGUUUCAGAAUCCUCACCAGGGACGCAGGAGCCCUCUCUGCCUCCCAGCCGGCCCUGAGGUUAGAGGCCUUGCCCUCCAGCUCCAGGCCGUCUGCCCCGGUGUCCUCCAGGCCCCUGGGAUGCUGGCCCGGGUUUCCCCUCGGGCUCUCCUUCCAGGGCCCAGUAGCCUGCUGUCACGCCCCUCCGCGUCUCCAGCACCGGUGGCUCCGGCCACGACCACAGCCUUUGUCUGCCUCCUGCCGACCUUGGGCCAUGCCUUUUCACCUCCCCAGGCCUCUGUCUCCGUCCCUGAGAUGACAGAGCUGGGGGUUGGAGAGAAUGGGAUUUGACUCGAUGGGCCAGCGGCUUUCCCGUCAGGCCUUCCCGAAUUCUCUGGGUCAGAGACAAGGCCCACGGCGGUCAGUAUAGCCCCACUGACAGACUCGUGUUCUGCUGCUGUGCCCUGCUCCCCCCGGGGCGCUCCAGAGGACCCGGGCCCCGAAAGGAAGCCUCCCUUGGGCCUCCGGUCGGUCCUCUCCUCCAGCUAACCAGCUGCCCUGGCCACACGGCCCAAGGCAGCGGCAGGGCCCCCCCUGCAGGCUCGGGGGAGCAGGGACAUAAGGAAUUUUUCGCAGAGAACCAGUGUCUGAAGGGGACUCUGGGCACAGGCGGCUGUCACCCCACCCUCAGAUGUGCGCUGUUAGAUCAGAGAACAUACAGAUGGAAGGUUCCGAGGCACAGCCACUUCCUGUGUGGCCCCCCCCUCCCGUGUCACCCGCACCCUCCUCCCUCAGAGGACAGCCCAGGUGCUGCAGGGUGUUGAGCGAACAUGGCACCGGGGGCUCUAGGGACAAGCCCCGAAUGGCUGGCCGCGGAUGUGAUUUGGCCCCCGGAGGGUGGCCCACACCCAGGCCACGGGCCCGAGGCGGGCUGGCCCAGAGCGAAGGGAGCUUGGGGGGAGGAGCACAGGACAGUUGUGCCUGCCCCAGCAGGCAGUGUGUGUGUGUGGGGGGGGGGGGGUUCCGGAACUUUCCUCUGGGAACCGCCUCCUGCAGUCACACCUCCUGGGACAGAGGUCCCCUGCAGGGUCCUCGCCUGCCUGAGGAGCCUGGUGGGUGGCAGGCUCACUGCUGGAUGGAACACACAGCCGGACGCCCAGGGGAGGGGGGAGAGGGAGGAGCCGCUGGCUCAGGCUCUGUGCCCUCCCGGGGACCCGGCCCACGCGUGAGUUCGCGAAUAAAGACCCCCGUUCCCGGC